AUGACUACAAAAAAGAUAACAUGGAAAUCCAUGAUGUUGAUCUUAAAUUGUUACAAAAGUAAAUACCCUUUGGAGGAAUCAAAGAAACAAGUUUUAAAACAAGGUUCUUUUCAAAGAUUAUGUUUAUCAGAUAUAAGCAAUUCAAGUUCAAGUCAAGCUAUUGAAGAUAUUUCAGUUUCUUUUGCUGGCUAUAAGCUUCAUGCAUUCACUCUUGAGGAGCUGAAAGAAGCAACACAUGGUUUUUCAUGGAGUAAUAUGUUGGGUGAAGGUGGUUUUGGACCGGUUUAUAAAGGUUUUGUUGAUGAUAAAGUUAGACAAGGUUUAAUGGCUCAAACUGUUGCUGUUAAAUGUUUGGAUUUGGAUGGUUUGCAAGGUCAUAGAGAGUGGCUGGCAGAAAUUAUAUUUCUUGGACAACUAAGACAUCACCAUCUUGUGAAGUUAAUUGGAUAUUGUUGCGAAGAUGAACACCGGCUUUUGGUGUAUGAAUACAUGCCAAGAGGUAGCUUGGAGAGUCAACUAUUCAGAACAGGAUAUUCUGCUGCUAUGCCAUGGUCAACAAGGAUGAAAAUUGCAUUAGGUGCUGCUAAGGGUUUGGCUUUCCUUCAUGAAGCAGAUAAGCCUGUAAUAUAUAGAGAUUUCAAAGCUUCAAAUAUCUUACUAGACUCUGAUUAUACAGCCAAAUUAUCGGAUUUUGGCCUAGCUAAAGAUGGCCCUGAAGGGGAAGAAACACAUGUCACGACGCGCGUAAUGGGAACGCAUGGUUAUGCUGCUCCUGAGUACAUCAUGACAGGUCACCUUACAACAAAAAGUGAUGUGUAUAGCUAUGGAGUGGUUCUAUUGGAAUUGCUUACAGGAAGAAGGGUAGUGGACAAGUGGUUAGAAUCAAAAAGAGGUAAGAGCUUGGUAGAAUGGGCAAGACCUAUGUUGAGAGAUGAAAAGAAACUUGAGAGAAUCAUAGACCGUAGACUUGAAGGACAGUUUCCUAUGAAAGGAGCUUUGAAAGUUGCUAUGUUGGCUUUUAAAUGUUUGAGUCAUCACCCAAAUCCAAGACCUUGUAUGAGUGAUGUUGUUAAGAUCUUGGAACCACUUCAAGAUUUUGAUGAUGUUUUUGUAGGUCCAUUUGUUUAUGUUGCUGUAAGUGAAAAUGGUGACAAAGAUUAG